AUGACAGAAACAACAACUGCAGUUAAACCAUUACAAUUCUAUGGAACCUCUUCACCCAAUGUAUGGAAGGUACAGUUAUUGUUAAAAGAGUUGAAUGUACCAUUCGUAUAUCACCACUUGGACAUUCGCAAUGGUGAUCAAUACAGUGCUGAAUUUAUUAAAGUUAAUCCAAAUGGAAAGUUACCAGCAAUCAUAGACCCAAAUAUUGAAGGUGAACCAGUACGUGUAUUUGAAAGUGGUAAUAUUUUAUUAUACUUGGCUGACAAGUACAAACGUUUCAUUCCACAAGAUAUUAAAGGUCGUACUGAAGUAUUGAAUUGGAUAUUCUGGCAAAUGGCAAACCUUGGACCAUCAAUGGGUAAUUUAUACCAUUUCUUAGUUUAUGCACCUGAAAAGGUACCAUAUGGAAUCAAUAGAUAUUUCAAUGAAGUGAGACGUUUACUUCAUGUUUUGGAUAAACAUUUAGACGGUAAAAAUUACAUAUACAACGAACAAUAUACUAUUGCAGACAUGGCCAUCUAUCCAUGGACCAAGAUUAUUAGCUUCCUUCCCGAUGUGAACCCUGUUGAAGAGUUCCCCAAUGUUUCACGAUUCAACAAAACCAUUGGUGAGCUUCCAUCAGUCACAGAGUUUAACCAAGAACUAGUCCAAUUCCAAUCACGGAACCCAUACAAACCACCAACCGACGAUGAAAGAAAAUGGAUGUUUAAUCGUGAUGGUCGUAGUUUAUCUCCAAACAACAGUCAAUAA